GAAGCGAGAUGGAAAUACUAAUAUAUCAUUUCACAGGUAAUAAUUAUAAUAAUAUAAAUAAUUUAAUACUAAUUAAGUUAAUUAUAAAUUUAAAUUCAAUCGUAUGUAUAAAAUAAAUAUUAUUUUGUUUGGGAAUGAAUCCUUUGUACCUACAGUUUUAAUUUACAAGUUGCAAUAUUUUUAAAUAUUCAAAUGAAAUGACCAAUAGUUACGGCAAUACCUCAAAAAUUGUUUGCUCAGUUAGCAUACUUUCAAACAAAAAUAUAGAUUUUACUCUAAUUUUUAGAUUUCCAAAAGACCCAGAGCUACAAAAUAAGUGGACUCUAAAGUGUAGAAGAGGAGAUAGAAUGAAUCCUUGUUUAUCAUAUAUGUGUUCUGAACAUUUUAGUGAUGAUGCAUAUGUUCGAGAUCUUAAAGCCGAACUCUUAGCAUACACUCCUAAAUGUCGAAAAUUAAAACCUGAUGCCAUGCCUACCCUAAAUUUACCAGAAGACUAUGCCCACAGUAAUGUAGCAUCAACAUCAUCAUCUAGUCGUAGAAGUAGAAUGGAAUUAAGAAAAAAAAAAACAGGUGAUUAUAAUUAUAUUAUGUUAUCAUUAAUUACUAAUAAAUAUUGAUGUUAUCUAAAUAUAAUUUUAUUGUGGCUUAAUUUUGUGUUAAAAUAAAUCAUUUUAAUUUUUCAUAAUUUAAAUAAGUUGAAUAUAUAUAUAUUUUUUUAUCAAAGUGUCUUUAUCUGUUAUAGGAUCAUGAUGAUUUAAUAACUUCAGUUAUGAAUACUGAUACGAAUUGGCCUUCUGAUGUAUCUAGUUUCCACAGUAAUGAUUGAUGAUGAUUCCACACUUCCACCAAAUCCCAAUUAUGAACAAAUGUACAACGAACUACUUAAAAAAUAUGAAGUCUUACAAAAUGAAUCUAAUAUAAACUCUCAUAAACAUGAACAAUCUAAAAAAGAACCUGUUAUUGAUUAUCAAAAAAUCAAUCAAUCCCUCAGAUCCUCAAAACAACAUUUACAGACAGCAAACUCACUUUUAACAAAAAAUAAUAAAGAACUGACAAAAGAAAUUAAAUUGCUUUCUAAGAACAAAAGAUUUGAAAAUAAAUUGUGUAUCUGAAAAUAUUGAUGACAGUGAAAAUUCUGUAGAUACAAAUAGUGAUAAUGAGUCAAUAGUAAAUAACUGUGACAAUAAAAUUGAAAUGGUUCAAGAUGCAGUUGAAUACUUGGCAGGAUGGGUAGCUAAGACAUUUAAACUCAAAUUUCCUGAGCUUUGUUCAACAACAACAGAACAACAUUUAAAUGAAAGUUCCCAUGGACAUGAUUAUGGGAUACUUCCAUGGAUAAAUCACUUAUUCUAUGGUGGCUUAAUAGUUCCCAGUGAAGAAUUUAAAAAUAAUAUUUUAAGAAUAGAAAGACUUUUUAAUAAAAUCACCAAACAUAAAAUUCCUGAAGGACAAGGAGUAGUUAAAAAAUUAACAAAAAAAAUAUUUAAUAGAAUGGAAAUGCCCGAAAAGUAUUAUCCUGUUGUGCAGAAAUAUGUAAAACAAAGGAUUCUCAUACGAAUGAAGUAUUUAAACCACCACAGUAAUUUACUCAACAAAAAAAGAAAAGCUAAAGCAAAUCUGCAACGACUUCAAAAACUUAGAAGACUUAUGAGUUAUGACAUAAUUUUUAAAGAAUUAUCAUGCAAUUUUUAAUUAUUAUAAUUUUUGUAUAUAUUAUCCUAUUUUAUGUAUUAUUUUGUAUAUUAAAAUAAUUUAGUUUUAAUUUUUGUAAUUGAUUUAUCUGUAAUAUACUUAGUAGAAUAGUACCUACUCUAAAUAUCAACAGAAAAAUGAUCACACACUACAUAUUUAUAAAGGAGUUUUAAAGAAGGAGUCGUCUCAUAGCAAUAUUUUAUCAUAAUUAUACAAUUCUACGUAAGUAAUAACUAUAUAAAAGUCAAACUUUUUAACUCAAUUCAAAUAGUUGAAUUACAAUUUUGGAUUAACAAAAAAAUUUAGUUAGAUACAAUUCGUAAAAUAUAAAAAAUAGUUAAAUAAUAUUAUUUUGAUUGUUGUCUAUUAUUGGUGUAAUUAAAACCUGUCCAAAAGAAUAGCGAAAAAUAACGAAUUAUAUUACCCAUAAAGCAUAAUAUUUCUAAGGAAUAAAAUAAAUAUUCAAUAAAAAUACAUCGAUAUUAAUAAUAGCAGUAAAUCAAUAAGUAUAAUAAAAAAAAAAAUACCAAUCAUAAAAAUAAAGAUAAAAAGUACCUAUAUGUUUUGACAGCAUUUAUCAACGCGCCGCCUUGAAUUUUGUACUUCACGUGACGUCAGUAGAUAAGGAAUGGUGCGGGGUGAUCGAUUUAUUUACAUGACUAUGAGGCAACCUCUAUUAUCUAUAAACCUUGGAAUAUGGAAUAUUUUAUAAAAUUAUAAAUAUGUAUUGCAAUCAUUACUUAAUUCUUUUUAAGUAAGAAUUAAAAUGUUAUUGCAACGUAAAACAUGACAAUAAACAAACUCUGUUAGGUAUAUAAAAAUAA